AUGAGCCUACCACUUGUAUCUUCGAAGGCAGGCGAUGUCCACGAUACAGUCGAUGUCUCGCACGAUCUGGAACCAAAAUCACAAACUUCACACAUUGAAGUGGUGGAGGAAAAGUUGAACGCCCUGCAUGAAGGACGCCAAGUCCAGCUUAAGUCGCGCUUGGACACUUUGACUGUAUUCGAGUCAAUUUCAACUUUUAGACGUUCCGUGAUCAUCUGUGCGCUUGCUGGAUUUGCCGCUGCCACUGAUGGCUACCAACAUCAAAUGUCAGCGAGCAUCAUCGCAAACAAGGGUUUUGUUAGGGAGUUCGCCAAAGGCCGUCCGAAAUUAGAGGCCGCCUGGGUAUCCAGUUUUGGCGGUAUAUAUAGUGCUGGUCAGGUGAUUGGGCAGUUCUGCAUUCCCUGGAUUUCAGAUUGGGUGGGCCGAAAAGGCUCUAUGUACGUCUUCAUGGCAAUCUUGACAAUCUCCGUGAUCGUCGAGUCUGUUUCUAGUGUUUGGUGGCAUUGGACUUUAGCCAAGCUGAUAGCCGGAUGUGGGAUUGGCGCAGUUCAGUCGACUCUUCCUGUGUAUAUCAACGAGCACGCCCCGUCUCAGAUCAGAGGCUUCCUGAUUGUUGCCUACAGUUUGUGGUUCUCCUUGGGUGGUCUGAUGUCGUCUGUGGCACUGAAAGUGCGAGCGGACUCUCAUCCCUAUGACUACAAAACCAUCAUCUACACCCAAUUCGGUAUGCUUGGUCUCGGCAUGAUCAUUUUCGUCUUCCUUCCCGAGUCUCCCUGGUGGCUCGUCAGCAAAGGCAAAUUGGACAAAGCACGUGGUGUCCUGGUCAAAAAAUUUCAAAACGUGCCGGAAUACGACAUCGACGGGGAGCUUGCCAUUAUUGCAGCAACCAUCGAACGACAACGUCAAUGGGAUAUUGAGUCUGCUGCAGAAGGACCCUGGGCUAUGUUCAAGGGACUCAACGGAAAACGAUUCCUCAUAGGUUCUUGGCCAAAGGUUCUGCAACAAUUCGUUGGACUUUCGGUAUUCUCGUCAUAUUCCGCUUAUUUCUUUUCUCUUGCUGGCAACAAAGAUGCUUUCCUGGUUACUGUGAUUCUGGGAUGUUGCAGUCUCGCCUCGGUCAUUCUUGAUGCGCUUCUGGUGGACAAGAUUGGUCGACGACGAAUGACCCUCAUUGGUUUCACUGGUGCAUGUUUUGGGGUUACUCUCAUGGCUAUAGUUGGCUGCUUUGACUAUGCGAAUGCUCAACUCGGAGCUGUAUUGGUCUUCGCGGGUGUCACCGCCAACUUCUUCAAUACCUUCCAAUCCUCGACCUCAUAUGCUUAUCUCUCCGAAAUGCCCGAACAGAGGUUCAGAGCCAAAGCGACUGGCUGGGGUCUAGCUUAUUGCAAUCUAUAUGCCAUCAUGUUUAACUUUACUGUACCACUCAUGCUGAAGAAAUGGGUGGUGAAGACUGCUUUCCUUUUCGUUGGCCUCGGUAUACCUGGGACUGUUCUGGCUUUCUUCAUCAUGCCCGAAAGUAUGGGCAGAAGUCCUGCCGAGAUCCACGAGAUGUUCGUGGACAGAGUGCCUCUCCGAAAGUGGCGCGGUUACAAGACACACGUCGAGUCAGAUCUGGACGCUCGACUUGAAAUUUAG